AUACUUUUCGGGGGAGUAUUUAUACAUUAUAAUCCAUGUAUGUGUGUUUGGUGCUAAUGUGGAUUAAAAAAUAAAAACAGCGGGUAACAGGCAAAUAAAAUAAACUUAACAUUCUCAUAUUCCUUUGCAGUUGCUCAAAAGCAAAAGCUUUCUUAUGCUCAUGGCAUGAUCCUGAUGGCCCGCUAUAAAAUGUUAACUACUGUAUAUCUCAUUCUAAACUCACUUUUUUAUUGCUACAAUAUUCUAAGCAAUCUGGUGGGUUACGUUUAACGAACUAGCAGAUUGUUUCAGAUAUCCGGGAAUUCAAGCUUUAAUUAAAAAUGUAUGCAGAUUUCGCGAAAAGCUAAUUUAUCUCUGUUCAACUAAGUUCAUGAGAUGAUUAAAGCUGAGUGUAUAAUGGUCUAUAACCGCACCUAAGAUCAACCAUUUCUAAAAAUGUUUGCGAUGAUGACUGAUAAAUACUACCCAGGUAGUACCGCUGGCCACUAAAUAGAGAGACGUUCAAGGCACUGGAACCAGGGUAGAUGAAUAUAUUUCAUGGAUACAAUUGACAUAUGUUCUCUGAACCGAUGGUAGCAAAUAAUGCUAAUUUUCCAUGUUUUAUGAGCGUCUCUGACAUCGUAAUUUAGUUCAUUUCAUCGAUCCGAUGUUUUCAUAGUUUUAGAGUCUGAUUUUCGCAUUGCGCUUAUUUAUCAGUUAUCACUUAUUUAACAGUUUUGCAAGUUUUUGAAUCUCGUCUUUUUAUGCUGACGUGGGCAUAUCAUAGGCUGUUGCUGUUCUGGUCAUGUACCGUCAGUUUUAGUAAUGGGCUGUAAAUGGUUUGUACAUCUUUAAGUAACCAUAGAAAUUCAAAUUUGUUUGUUCUAUUUAAAAAUGCAUUAGGUCCAUGUUCCAUUCAUGAUUGCCGCGAUGGAUGUCCUUUUCUAAUUUGUCGGGCAUAAAACAUCAUAACAUCAGGAAUACCUCGAUCCAGACUCACGAGCAAUGAUACGGAGGCCAAAACAAGAAAACAAGGUUUAUCCAGAUCGCGUGCCCUGAGCCCCCGCUGCGUGGACUUUUCCCGCCUCCUCCUCUCUCUCGUCAUCUCGGGACCCCUGUGGUUUCGUCGCUUACCCGUGCUACCGUAGAUCACGUGUCAUGCGAUCUUCGCCUCCGCUCUAUCGUUAUCUCGGGAUCCCUCUGGUUCGUUGUUUACCGAUGCUACCGUAGAUCACGUGUCAUGUGAUCUCCGCCACCGCUCUUUCGUCGUCACUACCCUGUAACGUGAUAAGCCUGAAGUUACUAUUUCAUUACAUUCUCAUCAUCGCCUUUAUCGUGCGCAGACGUCGUGUGAAUACAAAUAUCUGAACUGCGUUAGUCAACAGCAAAAAGCCGGCUGGUUACAAAUUUGCAUUCAGCUGAGUGUUUUUAUUAUUUGCGUCCCUCGGAUAUUCUCAUUUUGUCCGUUGCCGCGCUCGGUCAAGGUACUCCUUCAAAACAGAUUGAGGUGGUGUGUAACAAGGGAAGUCGACCAACCAUAUCGGUUUGUGUCGAUCACAUAUUAGAUGUACAAUGUUUUCCAGCAAACUGAAUAGCACUCACAACAGCUCGACGAAUGGAAGCACGGUUCACGUGAUGGACUCCUCCAUGUCUGAUGCGGAAAUCAUCGCCUGGUGCUUCGCUUACGUGGUCGUCUCCAUCCUGAUUAUUGUCGGCAACUCUGUUGCCAUAGUGAUAUUCACAACCAGCAAACUUAUGCGCAAGCGCACCAACUACUUUCUGCUCAGCCUCGCUAUCGCGGACAUGAUGGUGGGUUGCCUGUCGCUCCCGAUGUAUAUUUAUAAUUUUGUGACCUAUCACAGAGACUCAUCAGAAGUGAUUCGUGGUAUCUUUUUGACACUCGACGUGUUUACCGGUUUCGCGUCCAUUUUUGCGUUGGCGUUUAUCGCGCUUGAGCGUCUUUACUCUGUGGCGCUACCGAACUGGCACCACACGACGCCUUCCUUCGUUUAUACGAUCGUUAUCACGGUAGUAUGGGUGCUCGCUAGCCUGCUUGCCUCCUUCCGCCUAAUGUUCACCUUAGGAGUCAUCAAGGAGGAAGUGUUCUUCAACACAACCACCACCUGUUCCUUCUUGUCUCUUGCUGUCAUCAUUAUUGCGUACAUAGGCAUUGGAAUCAAGGUGAAAAUGAGGAUUCACGAGAAGUCCAAGCGAGCUAUGGAGAAGGACCGCAAACUCGCUAUGACACUAUGUAUUGUGACUCUGAUCUAUGUGGUCACUUGGCUACCAUUCUAUUGCAUGAAUGUGGCAUUUCGGUUCUGCAAAUUUGAGGACACGUUGUGCACAGAGGUCCCCUACAAGUUUGUGUACUUUACCAAACUAUUGCAAUACACUAAUAGUUUCGUCAACCCAAUUAUUUACACUUUUAAAAUCCCAGAGUUCCGUGUGGCGCUCUUUCAACUUAUUGGCAGAAAGGCCCGCCGACGCCAGAGUUCAGCUUUGAUAUCAAUGAGGGAUAUUAAAGGAAGUGAUCGGAAGAACGGCCAUUACAAGAACGGUCAUAAUGGCAAUGGGAACUUCAACGAUGCGGUUUUCCGAAAAUCUCGAGCUGAGUCCGAGUCAGUAAUGUGAAGGACUGCGUCCAUCUUCUUAAAAUAUUCGCAAUGCUAAAACACUUAAGGGUUAGUGUGGUGGUCCUCCAUGCUAGAGGUAGUUCAGUCUCCUUUCCAGAGUUCUAGUGGUGCGGACUGUAAGAGUAAUCAAGACUGCGAAGUAAGGAAAUCGUGUAGAAAAGUUAAAUUUCGCUAGGAUAGAGUAAUUUGUAUUUUGCCUAAGUAGUGUCUGAAGCCCCGUGCACUUCGCCAACAUUCCCUGGUCAUUCCCUAGUCAACAAAGCGGGACACUGCUAUUUGGUUCUGUUGCCGUAGCAGAGGGUGGGCAGUUGCGGCGCGUGCCCCCAAUAUAUAUAUUCGAUGCCUGCUACGGCUAUGAUGCUGUGAUGGAGGAAGUCUGAUGAAUUGGCACAAAUCGGACACCAAGUUAGUAAAGUACGUAAAUCGCCUGCAGGUGUUGGGGCUGUUCGAACACUGCAAAACAUCAGCACGCCAUUUCGCCAUUCUGUGCCAAUCCUGGCAAACGUUGGGGUUAUUUGCACGGGGCUUAACACAACAAUUACAGUGUUCCCGAUAUGCACAAUUAAUUCAGGCAAUUAUAAGCUAUAGAAUUACCUAUCACCUAUAUAACCUAACCAUCUUACAUCACACCGGCUCCUUGCAUUACUCGACCAGCCUUGAAUUACCAUCAGAAGACGACUUUAAAUUCCACGAUAAUAUAUAACACGACCAUCCUAAAUACAUACAUAAUACUAACAAACUACAUUCAAUAUAUGGCAUGCCAUCGUACAAUAACCCCCCCCCCCCUACAUUUCACGACGACCCUACAAAAAACGAGCACCCACCCGUUGUGAGCACUGAUGACAACAGAAGCUAAAAUUGUGUAAUAAGUCUAUUCUCCAAGAAUACAAAUAUGAAAAUAGUGAGUCUAUUAAGAAUUCUUUGUGUGGAACACAUGAAAUAUAAAAAAAAUUGACCAAGACUGUGUGUGUGAAAUAAACGAAAUAAAUCAUGUUAUAUCACAAA